AGCAUGACUUUUUUUUCCCUUUCAGGGUACCCAGCAAUGGAGAAGGCCCCCAGACAAUCUGCCACAGCCUCAACAUCGUCAAAAACAUUGCCUUCCUAUACCAGGAAUACCGGGACACGUCCAAGCAGCAGGAGAUCGAGCAGCGGCGGCAGCUUGAGAACCUUUCCCCCCGGGUCUCUGCAGGGACUGUGGUGGAAGGGUCCGGUAUGGUGUGUCCCCCAGUGUUACAGCUCCAGCUGAGGAGAAGUGCUCGCUCAAUGAGCCUGUGGCAGAACCUAGACGUGGUGCAGGCCAGCGGUCUGCUCACCCAGCUACUGCAGAAAGAAAUCAUAAUGCAAGAGGCCAUGUUUGAGCUUGUAACUUCAGAAGCAUCGUACUACAAGAGUUUGGAAGUUUUAGAGGCUCACUUCCUGCGUAACCCAGUUUUAAUCAACUCUCUCAGCCAAUCUGACAUGCAUUUCCUGUUCUCCAACAUCGAGGAAGUCAUGAAAGCCAGUGAAAGGUUCCUGAUGGAUCUUGAGCACCGAAUGGAGAAGUCAAUUUUGAUCUCUGAUGUGUGUGACAUUGUUUUCUUCCAUGCUGUGGAACACUUCAAUGUCUUCAUCAAAUACGUCAUCAACCAAGUGUACCAGGAGAAGAACUACAGGCGCCUUUUAGAGGGAAACCAGGCGUUCCGUGAUGCCAUGGCUGCUCUGGAGAACCACCCCUGUGUCAGGGGCCUGUCCUUCACCUCCUUCCUAAUCCUUCCCUUCCAGAGGAUCACACGGCUCAAGAUGCUUGUUCAGAAUAUCCUGAAAAAAGCAGAGGAGAACUCAGAGAGGGAGGCAAAUGCUAUAAAAGCACAUCAGCAACUGGAGCAGAUCGUGAAAGAGUGUAAUGAAGGGGUGAGAAAAAUGAGUCGCACUGAGGAGCUUAUCAGCAUUGAGAAAACACUGGAGUUCAAAUCCAAGUCUGUGCCCAUCAUUUCCCACUCACGCUGGUUGCUAAAGAAAGGUGAAGUGCAGCUCAUGGCUGGACCUAAGAGCACUCGGACCAUGCGGAGUCGUAAGCUCUAUCAACCAGUAUACUUGUUCCUUUUUAACAAUCUGCUACUGGUCACCAAGCCAAGCUCCAG